GAUUAGUACAUAAUUUAACAAGUGUGCAGUUACAAUGGAAACAUAAAAUUUUGAUGUGGACGAUGGAUCAUUUAGAUUUGGAUAUGGUUAAUAGACAAUAUUUUUUUGAAGGGAAUCACUUUAUACAUUCUAAUGGAAAUAGUAACGGUAGCACAACGGGAUCUUCGAAUAGUAGUGAUUUGUUUUUGUACGACGAGAACAGUAGUGAUUCGGCUGUAUCUAGUUUUUCUUAUAACAGUGAUCAAGAGAACCUUUCUGAAUAUAAAGAUCGCUUGUACAGGCAUCGAAGAAGAAGCAAAUGUCCACAACAGCAGAUCCAGCAACGACAAGCCGCCAAUUUGCGAGAAAGAAAGCGUAUGCAGUCGAUAAACGAUGCGUUCGAAGGUCUAAGAGCACAUAUUCCUACUCUUCCCUACGAAAAGAGAUUAUCGAAAGUGGACACAUUGAAAUUAGCUAUAGGAUAUAUCAAUUUUUUGAGUGAAUUAGUUAGAACUGACAAGAAUUCUAACACAGAAUUUUUUAACGGACACAAUAGGAAUUUGAGGCACGAUGAACCCAAAAAGAUUAUAAUCAGAGGUGGAAGUGGGGGCUUAUAUACUGCCCAUUCAUUGUCUUGGUCAAGAAUAAAAGAACCGAACGCGAAUGGUAUAAUGCACGCCAAAGUUUGGGUUCCAGAAGACCCUAGAACCAAUAAAGAUGGGGCUAGUAGUUCGUCGUCUUCUUUUAAUUUAUCGGAAUAAAAAAAUACUGAUUUUCCGAAAAGAAAUGUAUUCAGGUAGUAUAUUAAUGCCGGAAAAUAUUCUUUGGUAAUUAAAGUAAUUGAGUGAUUAAAAUAUAGAAUCAAAAUUUCACUUUUAUCACUCAUUUCUGUGAUAUUCCAUUAUGAAAUGGACGACAAGGAUAGUUACAAAAGACAUGUAUUUAAAAAUUACGACACAAUCCUCAAGUGUCUUAAGCAUUAUUUUUUC